AUGGCGGCCACGCACAGGUUCCACAAGAACCAGAGGAAGCUUGGAGAAUGUUCGGAAUCGGGUUGUGACGACCAAAAAUGUCUCGACAUCAUCAAGUACUCCUGGGGUGGGACCAAAAUUGACCCUAGCUUAAGGUGCUGUGAGUGGCUGAGAUGCUGCGGCGGAGGGGAGCCCAGGCCCCGCACUGUGUGGUUGGGGCACCCCGAGAAGAGGGACCAGAGGUACCCUCGGAAUGUCAUCAACAAUCAGAAGUACAAUGUCUUCACCUUUCUUCCAGGGGUGUUGUUCAACCAGUUCAAGUAUUUCAGCCUCUAUUUCUUGCCUGCUCAGUUUGUUCCUGAAAUGAGACUUGCACUCUACACCUACUGGGUCCAGCUGGGCUUCGUGCUGGCCGUCACUGUCAUCCGAGAGGCGGUGGAGGAGAUCCGAUGUUAUGUACGCGACAGAGAAGUCAACUGCCAGAUCUUCAGCCGGCUCACAGCCAGAGGGUCGUGCUUCCUGCGGACAGACCAGCUGGACGGCGAGACCGACUGGAAACUGCGGCUCCCCGUGGCCUGCGCGCAGAGAGUUGCAUUUCUUGGUGACCUUCUUCAGAUCCGAUCCUAUGUUUACGCAGAAGAACCCAAUAUCGACAUUCACAACUUUGUGGGAACUUUUACCAGAGAGGACAGCGACCCUCCGAUCAGCGAGAGCUUGAGCAUAGAGAACACUCUCUGGGCCGGCACUGUCAUCGCGUCGGGUACCGUUGUGGGUGUUGUUCUGUACACGGGCAGAGAACUCCGGAGUGUCAUGAAUACCUCAAAUCCUCGAAGUAAGGUGUGUAUGUGUCUGCGUGUCAACCUGGACAUGGGCAAGAUCGUGUACAGCUGGGUGAUUCGGAGGGACUCGAAAAUCCCCGGGACCGUGGUUCGUUCCAGCACGAUCCCCGAGCAGCUGGGGAGGAUUUCCUACUUGCUCACAGACAAGACAGGAACGCUUACCCAGAAUGAGAUGGUUUUCAAACGGCUCCACCUGGGCACCGUGGCCUAUGGCCUCGACUCCAUGGACGAAGUACAGAGCCACAUUUUUAGCAUUUAUACCCAGAAACAGAGUGUGAGUGGGGGAGGGCAAUCCCAGGACCCGCCUGCUCAGAAGGGCCCCACGCUCACCACCAAGGUGCGGCGGACCAUGAGUAGCCGUGUGCACGAGGCCGUGAAGGCCAUCGCCCUCUGUCACAACGUGACUCCCGUGUAUGAGUCCAACGGCGCGACCGACCAGGCCGAGGCUGAGAAGCGCUAUGAAGACUCCUGCCGCGUGUACCAGGCCUCCAGCCCGGACGAGGUGGCCCUCGUACAGUGGACCGAAAGUGUGGGGCUGACCCUGGUGGGCCGGGACCAGUCUUCCAUGCAGCUGAGGACCCCUGGCGACCAGAUCCUGAACUUCACCAUCUUACAGAUCUUCCCUUUCACCUACGAAAGCAAGCGCAUGGGCAUCAUCGUGCGGUGUGGAAACAUGGCCCGAGAAGGACUGCGGGUUCUCGUGGUGGCGAAGAAGUCUCUAGCAGAGGAGCAAUAUCAAGACUUUGAGGCCCGCUACGUCCAGGCCAAGCUGAGCGUGCACGACCGCUCCCUCAAAGUGGCCACGGUGAUCGAGAGCCUGGAGAUGGAAAUGGGGUUGCUCUGUCUCACGGGGGUGGAGGACCAGCUGCAGGCGGACGUGAGGCCCACCCUGGAGACCCUGAGGAACGCGGGCAUCAAGGUUUGGAUGCUGACGGGGGACAAGCUGGAGACGGCCACAUGCACAGCCAAGAAUGCACAUCUGGUGACCAGAAACCAAGACAUCCACGUUUUCCGGCUGGUGACCAACCGGAGUGAGGCCCACCUCGAGCUGAACGCUUUCCGCAGGAAGCAUGACUGCGCCCUGGUCAUCUCGGGGGACUCCCUGGAGAUUUGCCUCAAGUACUACGAGUACGAGUUCAUGGAGCUGGCCUGCCAGUGCCCGGCUGUCGUCUGCUGCCGCUGCACCCCCACCCAGAAGGCCCAGAUCGUGCGCCUGCUCCAGGAACGCACGGGGAAGCUCACCUGUGCGGUAGGUGACGGAGGCAAUGACGUCAGUAUGAUUCAGGAAUCCGACUGCGGUGUGGGGGUUGAGGGGAAGGAAGGAAAACAGGCUUCCCUGGCUGCAGACUUCUCCAUCACCCAGUUCAAGCACCUUGGCCGGUUGCUCAUGGUGCACGGCCGGAACAGCUACAAGCGGUCAGCUGCCCUCAGCCAGUUCGUGAUUCACAGAAGCCUCUGCAUCAGCACCAUGCAGGCUGUCUUUUCCUCUGUGUUUUACUUUGCAUCGGUUCCUCUCUACCAAGGAUUCCUCAUCAUUGGCACCAUCAUGUAUGGGGCCCUGCUGCUGUUCGAGUCCGAGUUCGUGCACAUCGUGGCCAUUUCCUUCACGUCGCUGAUCCUCACGGAGCUGCUCAUGGUGGCCCUGACCAUCCAGACGUGGCACUGGCUCAUGACCGUGGCCGAGCUGCUCAGUCUGGCCUGCUACAUCGCCUCCCUGGUGUUCCUCCACGAGUUCAUCGAUGUGUACUUCAUCGCCACUUUGUCAUUCUUGUGGAAGGUGUCCGUUAUCACUCUGGUCAGCUGUCUCCCCCUGUACGUUCUCAAGUAUCUGCGGAGACGGUUCUCCCCGCCCAGCUACUCGAAGCUCACCUCGUAG